AAAAGGAAGGGUAAAAUAGUCAAUUCACAUUUUUAAAGUUGGCGAUUAAAUUAUGAAUAAAGAAAAAGAAAGUUUGGCAGGGGAAACGGAAAGACACAGAGAAGACAGGGACCGGUGAAAAUAUGCUAAUCCAAAAACAAAAGCGAGAAAAUUCCAAGCUAAACACAGAGAUGGAUUGUGAAUCCGCGACAAGUGAUGACGACGACUCAUUUCUUGGAAGAUAAAAUCCAAAAUCGAAGGAGCUCCUCUUUCGAAAUAGACGUACGGAAGUUCUUUCCAGCAAAGAACCAAGCAAUACAAUCACCAGCUUCUCCCUUACUUUCUCUGAACAACCCUUCAAUUACACUUCAAAUCUUGCGUUUACAGUCAUGGAGAAGAAUCGGAGUGCCGAAAGAGGAAUGGCAGCGUUUUCUUCUUCAGCUGAUAGCAAUACUAGGGCUCGUCCUACCACCACCACCAUUAGCACCGACAACAGACUUGCUGCACUUGUUCAAUAUAAUGCCGAUGCUGGUCUUUUGAACCAGUUUGAGCUCUCGGAUGCAUCUGGUGAGUCUUUUAAUUAUUCCAGAUCAGUUCUUGAAGCUCCCGUGUCCGUACCUGAAGAACAAAUUACUGCUUAUUUGUCUAAGAUUCAGAGGGGUCGGUUGGUUCAAUCGUUUGGUUGUUUGCUUGCGAUUGAAGAAUCUAGUUUUAAGAUUGUUAGCUUUAGUGAGAAUUGUUUUGAAUUACUAGGGCUAAGUGAUCAAUUUGGAUCCGCAAAGGGGAAAGGUCUGAUUGGGGUUGAUAUGAGAGCUUUGUUUACGCCUUCCUCUGGUGCUUCUUUGGCCAAAGCAGCUUCGUCUAGGGAGAUUUCGAUGUUGAAUCCUGUUUGGGUUUAUUCUAGGACUACCCAGAAGCCAUUUUAUGCUAUAUUGCAUAGAAUUGAUGUGGGGAUUGUUGUUGAUUUAGAGCCUGCACGGUCUGUUGAUCCUGCAUUGUCGGUUGCAGGUGCUGUGCAGUCACAGAAACUUGCAGUUAGAGCGAUUUCCAGGUUGCAGGCUCUACCUAGUGGUGAUAUUGGUGUUUUAUGUGAUACGGUUGUCGAAGAUGUUCAAAAGCUUACAGGGUAUGAUAGAGUGAUGGUGUAUAAAUUCCAUGAUGACGAACAUGGUGAAGUAGUGUCAGAAAUCAGAAGGUCAGACUUAGAGCCAUACCUCGGUUUGCAUUAUCCUGCCAUUGAUAUACCUCAAGCGGCUCGUUUUUUGUUUAAGCAAAAUCGCAUCAGGAUGAUUUGUGAUUGCCACGCGAAGCCUGUGCAGGUCAUUCAAAGUGAUGAACUAAAGCAGCCUCUUUGUUUGGUGAAUUCAACGUUAAGAGCACCACAUAGCUGUCAUUUGCAAUACAUGGCAAAUAUGAGUUCCUUAGCUUCAUUAGCGAUGGCAAUAAUCAUGAACAGUGAUGACUCACCAACAAGGCUAUGGGGCCUGGUAGUGUGCCACCAUACUUCUCCUCGAUAUGUCCCUUUCCCACUUCGUUAUGCUUGCGAGUUUCUCAUGCAAGCGUUUGGGCUGCAACUUUACAUGGAACUUCAAUUGGCAUUACAAUUAACAGAGAAAAAGAUCCUCAAAACACAAACUUUACUUUGUGACAUGCUUCUCCGAGGCUCCCCAUAUGCAGUCCUGUCUCAGUCUCCUAGUAUAAUGGAUCUCGUGAAGUGCGAUGGUGCUGCAUUGUACUAUAACGGGGCAUGUUGUUUGUUAGGUGUAACUCCAACCGAAGCACAAGUCAAAGAUCUUGCAGAGUGGAUACUCAAUAACCAUGGGGAUUCUACAGGGCUGAGCACAGAUAGUUUGGCUGAUGUUGGCUACCCUGAAGCUGCUUCACUAGGUAAUGCGGUGUGUGGUAUGGCAGCUGCAAGAAUCACUUCAAAGGAUUUCUUAUUCUGGUCUAGGUCCCAUGUUGCAAAGGAAAUUCAAUGGGGAGGAGCCAAGCAUCGUCCGGAUGAUAAGGAUGAUUGUGGAAGAAUGCAUCCGAGAUCAUCAUUUAAAGCAUUUCUUGAAGUUGCAAAGAGUAGAAGUUUGUCUUGGGAAGUUCAAGAAAUAAAUGCUAUUCACUCUUUGCAGCUCAUAAUGAGGGAGUCUUUUUCGAAUGCUACGGACAGUAAUUCUAAGGCAGAAAUUUCUGUCCAGUUGAGUGAUGCUGAGAUCCAGGAUAUUAAUGAACUCAGUUCAGUAGCUUGUGAAAUGGUUAGGUUGAUUGAAACAGCAACCGUUCCAAUUUUUGGGGUUGACUCAAGUGGUUUGAUCAAUGGAUGGAAUGCUAAAAUUUCUGAACUUGUGGGACUACAAUCUGGAGAAGCUAUGGGGAAAUCUUUGGUUAAUGAAAUUGUUCAUGAAGAUUCACGUGGAACUGUGGAAGAUUUACUUUUCUCUGCUCUGCAAGGUAAGGAAGACAAAAAUGUGGAGUUAAAACUGAGAAGUUUUGGAACUGAUAAAGAAAAGUUGAACGUGUAUAUUAUAGUUAAUGCUUGCACAAGUAGAGAUUACACAAACAAAGUUGUUGGAGUUUGCUUUGUUGGGCAAGAUCUUACCUCUGAGAAAGGUGUGAUGGAUAAAUUUAUCCGUCUGCAGGGAGAUUAUAAGACUAUUAUUGAAAGUCUGAGUCCAUUGAUUCCUCCCAUGUUUGUUUCAGACGAGAAUGGUUACUGCUGUGAAUGGACUAUAGCCAUGGAAAAACUUACUGGUUGGAACAAAAAUGAAGUUAUAGGAAAAAUGCUAGUUGGGGAGAUCUUUGGGAAUUUGUGUAGGUUGAAAGGUCUAGAUACCCUCACUAGGUUUAUGAUUAUAUUAUAUCAAGGUAUUAGUGGUGAAGUAACCGAAAAGUUUCCAUUAGGAUUUUUCAACAAGGAUGGGAAUUAUGUGGAUGUGCUCUUAACAUCGAACAAGAGAAUUGAUGCUGAAGGAAAAGCCAUUGGUUGUAUUUGCUUCUUGCAAAUUGUUGAGCCCAACUUACAUGGGGUCUUAGAAGGACUUGGGACAAGUGAUAGAGAGAGCAUUCUGGAGCAUAAGGAGUUGAGCUUCUUAAAGCAUGAGAUGAAAAAUCCUUUGAAUGGACUCAGAUUUACUCAUGAACUCAUUGAAAAUUCUGGCAUUACGGAAAACCAAAAACUCUUUCUUGAUACUAGUGAUGCAUGCGAGAGGCAAAUUAGGACAAUAAUAGAGGAUAUGGACUUCAGAAGUCUAGAAGGAGGGCUAUCAUCUUGCCAAGUAGAGAUAAAGAGAGAAGAAUUUGUCUUUGGGAGUGUUCUGGAUGCCAUUAUCUGUCAAAUUAUGAUUGUGGUCAGAGAGAGGAAUAUUCAACUUUUUCAUGAAAUUCCAGAAGAAAUCAAAACAUUAACUCUAUAUGGUGAUCAAAUUAAGCUUCAGUUGGUUUUGUCCGAUUUCUUACUUAAUGUAGUCCAGUAUGCGCCUGUUCUGGAUGGUUGGGUUGAAAUCAAAAUUACUUCUGGUUUGAAGCUUAUACAAGAUGGAAAUGAACAUAUUCAUUUGCAGAUCAGAAUGUCACAUCCAGGUCAAGGUCUGCCUCCGGAACUAAUCCAAGAUAUGGUUGGAGGACAACAGUGGACUUCAGAACAAGGCCUGGCCCUAAACUUGUCAUGUAGACUUCUUAAUAAAUUGAACGGUAAUGUUCGCUAUGUUAGAGAGCAAACCAAAUGUUACUUCCUCAUUAAUCUUGAACUCAAGUUAAGGCACCCAAGGGGGUCGAUGGAAGCUACUACGAGUCGAAGGGCUUGAGUUUCUCCUCUUGAGCUGAUGAACACUUGUUCAAAUAGAAUUGAGAACCCUUCUUCCAAAGAUGCACAUGAUGUUGAGCCUGGACAUUGCAGAAACCCAGUAGAUCCUCAACAUGUUCAUGUCACUUAAUAAACGAAAGCAUACAAUGAGCCCAUUUUUUUAUUGCGGCGACGUUGGAUGGUUGGAUUUGAUGUGAAAAUUGUAAGCAAUAUGUUUGUAAAUCAUAAGUUGGAUUUACAAGUUGUGUGAAGCUCUGCCUAUAUCAGUGGUUGUCGAUUCAGGUGCAUGUUUCAGCAAUGUGGCAGUGUACAUGAAACAUGCAGUUUUGUUUGUUCUGUUAUGGAUGUGAAAGCCAUACAUUGUAAUAUAUUUGAGUAUUGUGCUUAUUCUGGCACUUUUUAUGACUCAUA